GUCGCUGUGAGGCUGAGCGCUCCCUCUGAAGCAGUUUGUAAACAACGAAACAGGAGUGAAAGACGUGUAUUUGAGGAGUGUGUUGGCAGCUGGAGGAUCAGGGAGAGGGUUGAAGUCUCUGUUUAAGUCUAUAUAAGACUAGGGAAGAGGGUGCGAAGGAUGUAGGUUACAGUAGUUGGCAGUAGUGCAACUUUAAGGAUUCAUGCUGCCGUAAAACGCCAAGGAGGAAGAAGAACCAUAAGCAGACGAAGAAGAAAGCGGCGGCAGGCUAGCGAUAGCCGAGCCGUCACGCGAAUUCAAUUUAACGCUUUAUUAGACGAAGCUCUGGUGAGAUACACGGACACGGAGCAGCGCAGAUCUGUCUAUUAGCACGAUGAUCUCUCAGCUCUUCAUCUUGUCGUCAAAGGGCGACCACCUCAUCUAUAAAGACUUUCGCGGAGCAGCUGGAAGUGAUGUUGUCUCCGUUUUUUACGAAAAGGUGACGGCACUGACUGGAGACCAGCCUCCAGUUGUAAUGACACACAAAGAUCUUCACUUCAUGCAUGUCAGACAGGGAGGUCUAUAUUGGGUCGCUACGACCACAGGUGAUGCUUCACCCUUCAGCGUCAUCGAUUUCCUGAACAGGUUAUCGGCUCUGGUUAAAGACUACUGUGGCAGCUUGUCAGAAAAGUCGGUGCAGAUGAACUUCGCACUUAUCUACGAGUUGCUGGACGAGGUUGUGGACUACGGCCAUAUUCAGACCACAUCCUCUGACGUCCUGAAGAACUUCAUCCAGACUGAAGCGAUUUCCUCCAGACCCUUCAGCCUUUUUGACCUCAGCAACGUGGGCUUGUUUGGAGCAGACACACAACAGAGUAAAGUGGCUCCGAGUUCUGCAGCCACCAGACCCAUCCAGUCCACCAGAGAGCAGGGAGGAAAGAGCGAGAUAUUUGUGGAUGUGAUCGAGAGGAUGUCUGUUGUCAUCGGUUCCAAUGGAGUUUUGAUGAAGGUGGACGUUGAGGGCGAAAUCAAAGUCAAAUGCUACAUGCCAAGCUGCUCCGAGAUGCGCCUUGGCCUGAAUGAGGAGUUCAGUAUUGGGAAGUCACAGCUGAGAGGUUACGGAGCAGCCGUUCACGUUGACGAAUGCAGCUUUCACCAGGUGGUCCGCCUGGACGAGUUCGACAGCCACCGCAUCCUGCGCCUCUGCCCCAGUCAGGGAGAGCAAACCGUGAUGCAGUACCAACUAAGUGACGCUCUGCCUUCGGCUCCUCCUUUCCGUCUCUUCCCAACCAUCGAGAGAGAUUCUGGAGGAAGGCUGCUGAUGUACCUGAAGCUUCGCUGCGACCUGCCACCAAAGAGCUCUGCUGUCAACGUCUGUGCCACCAUUCCUGUCCCCAAAGGUUCUGUGAGUUUGUCACAGGAACUCAGCAGUCCGGACCAGAGCGUCGAGCUGAAUGUGCAGAGCAGAGCCAUCGUGUGGCGGGUCCCACGCUUCCCUGGAGGAACACAGCUCUCCGCCCUGCUCAAGGUGGAGGUCCCCGGUCUCUGCUCAGCCUCCAUGCUGGAGGUCGGUCCGGUCAGUCUGACCUUUGAGCUGCCAAAAUUCACGGCCACGGGGCUGCAGAUCCGCUUCCUCCGCCUGUCACCCGUCCAGCCCGGCCUAUCUCAGCGCUGGGUCCGAUACAUCACACACUCCGACUCCUACACCAUCCGCAUUUGAUUUUUCUUGAUUCAACUUCUUAGUAGUGUAAUACAACGUCUUUCAUUAAACCAGACAAAGGUUAAA